AGGCCAAUGUGAACACCUGAACAUAUAUAAACAUACAUAUAUCGACUAAAAAAUUCAACCAAGAAAGCUAACGAAAUCGCAGAAUGUGGGAGAAGCUGGUUAACUGCAUCAAGGGUAAUGGCGGUGGGGCCCAGAAGACGAGCUGCACGGUUGUCCAACUGGCCGAUCUGAUGAAGCAGGUGCCACCGAACCAGCUGAAGAUGUUCCAGAUGUUCGCCAAGAAGCACGAGGAGUACAAGGAUCGCGUUCGCAAGUAUCCCGAAUCGAUGCCGACCAUCGACUGGGAGUUCUACCGCCAGAAUGUCCGCGAGGAGUUCGUCGAUUGGGUGAAGGGUUACGAGACCAAGUACGAUAAACUUCACUCGCUCUUCGAGAAUCGACACGCCAUGGUGGAUCACAAGCGCUACUUCGAAAAGGUGGACCAAGAGGGGGAGGAGGUGAAGAAGGCCAUUGCGGUCUUCAAAGCGGAAUCAAACGAAAGAAUCAAACAGCUUACCGAAAAGCUGGAGUUUGUGAAGUCCAUGCAGCCCUACGACCAAAUGACCAUGGAGGAAUUUUGCUUUGCCCGUCCCCAUUUGGCACCGGAUUUCAUUAACAAGCCCACUUUUUGGCCACACACUCCCGAGGAGCAAAUGCCGGGUCCUUCGGAUCCAGAGGCGGCGGCAGCUCUUCACCACGAGGAGGAACCGGAGCCGCCAAAGAAACCCACUCCCGAAAAGCCACCAGAAAAGGGUUCCGGGGAGACCAAACCUACUGCCGCUGUGGCUCCAAAGAAACCGACUGAACCAUCGAUAGACACCACUCAGUUGGCCGAAAAGGCCAGUGGAAUGGCCAAAGAUUUGGUGGCCAAGGCCAUCGUUCUGUUCAACAGUCUCAAGGAGAAGCUCUCGGGCAUGGCCAAGAAUGUGCAGAAAAAAGCCGAGGCCACCAAGGCAGCCCGUGCCGAAGCUUCGGGCAAGACGGCAGCUCAACCCACAUCAACACCCACAAAGUCACUCGAUAGCAUUACAGAGCGCGAUUCCGCACCAAACAUCUGUAACCAGACUAUUAUACGCGGCGAGGAGGUGGAGGCCAAUCCGGAGGUGAAGGCCAGACAUGCCAACCUGUCCAUCGAGGCGGAUCCCUGCGAUGCCCAGGAGGAGAGGGCCAGGGAGAUCGCGCGGGCUCUGGAGCGCAAGCGUCAAUUGAGGGAGGCGGAGGAGUACAGGGAGUACCAGAGGAAGCAGGAUCCUUGCAAGCCCAAAGAGGAAGAUCCUUGUAAGCCAAAAGAAGAGGAGGCAGAUCCCUGUAAGCCAAGGCCCGAUCCUUGCCAGCCAAAAGAAGAGGAAUCCAUCUGUGAUCCUUGCCAACCAAAAGAAGAGGAAUCCAUCUGCCAACCGGAUCCUUGCAAGCCAAAAGACGAGGAAGGCGUCUGUGAGGACGAGGAGGAUCCCUGCAAGGAAAAGCCGAAAGAGAAAAACGAUUGCAAAUUCGACAAGGACAACGAAGGGGGCUUAGAGCAAUCCAAAGAGCAGGAGCAGGUAUUCAUCAACAUAUCGAAAUGCAGUGAGGAUCUGGCCAAGAAGGAAGGGGAAAAGAAACCAGGUGACCCAGGUAGACCCAAGGAAAAAGCCUCGCUGACAGAGAUACCCCAAGGAUCAAAUCAGAAACCCAUUUUGGGCAUGCAGCUAACAGAUUCCAAGGGGGCUAAAAAAUCCAAUAUAGAUGGUGCCGACGAAGUGGGUCCUGUGUACACAGAUCCCAAUCAACUUGCCGAAUUGCUUGUCAAGGAAAAGGAAAAGAAGGAACUUAAGGAAACCACAAAACCGGAAGACGAUAAGCCAGUUACCAUAUAUCCUAAGCUGGAGAUAUCCGCCAAACCGAAAAGCGAUUUCAUCGAUGAAACUAAAAACUCUCCCAAGGAUAUGGCCAAGCAGGUGUUCAACAUGGCCUCGGGUGCCGCUUCGCUCUUGACCGAAGCCACCAACACACUGGAGGACCUGAAGAAGAAGAAGGAGGCUCGCUUGGAGGCUCUGGAACAGGCCUACACUUCGGCCCAAAGGCAGGCCCAAGGAGCUUUGGCCGAGGCCUCGAAAGCCGUCGAGGCCGCCAACAAAUUGGCCCAGAGAUCGGCGGAGAAAACCGGCGAAGUGAGCAGUCGCGAUCAGGAGGCCUUGGACAUGGCCGAAAAGCAUGCUAUUCUGGCCAAAAUGCUGGCCAGUCGAGCGGUGGCCCUAAAGGACGAAAUCGCCCGUGUGCUCAACGAUCUGAAAAAGAAACAGUAAGCAGUAACAGUCGUAAUAUCCAUUAGCACACAUUUCUAAAUGAUUUUGUACAACCUUUAUUUUAUUUUGUUAGUUUU